AACACUAAUGUCAGGAAACUGCAGACAAACUUAUGUCCAUUACAGCUCUGAUAAUAGUUUUCUCACAAUGUUAAAUUAAUGUGAAAUAAUUGAAAUAACCGCCCAGGUUUGGACAGGGCAGACCAGAAAGGGUUAAUGCGAGAGGAUGUUUGUGUUCAAACAGUGGAAAAACAGUAUUGCUGCCAGAUUUUGGGAGCGACUGAUUGCUUCUUAUGCGAGAAGACGUAGACAACAGGAAGAUGUGUUCUGUGUAUAAAAAUGUGUAGAUUCAGACUUGAUCCUCUGUCUUUUUACCAUUUCAUAAACACCAUGCUGUGUGAAAGGUUCCCUCACUUCCUGUUCUUUAUCGAUCAGAAUUUAGACGAUGUCAUAAUGUUGAUGAUGUCAUAAACAAAGUUCUGAGGGGAAAGUGAUGUCACUGCCUGCUUCCACAUUCUGAAGAUCAAAGCCACAGAGUGAACACAUUCUGAAACACAUUCAGCUCCUCAGUCUAAUCAAUCAUUUACAACUGAGCUUCGUGUACAGAGCCCAGAAAAACAAGCGCUGGUUAACACAGUCGUUAAGAGAGAAGAAAAAUGAGCUGCAUCGAGGAAACGGUCCCUUCUGAGAUGUUCUUUGACAAUCUGGGCAUGGACGUCAGCCAAGAACAAGCAGAUAUAUCUGACCAAGAAAUCAAAGUGGACUUGGAUGCAGUCAUUCAACAACUGGAAGGAAUAGAUCUCCAGCUGCAAAGGUACGCUAGACAAUAUGAGAAAAAACAACUAGCAGAGCUCCAUGCAAAUAGCCAAACUCAAAAAGAACUGGAUGCAAUGUCCAACGCUAUGCAAGUGGCGAAAGAAGCCAUUUUGAACGCCAAUGAAGCUUUGGAAAAAGAACGUCAGGAGCUACACAAUAGGACACAUGAUAAAUCCUUUGAGGAGAACUAUGAUAAAGUCAAAGCAGAGCUCUUAGCAGCAAGCCAGCAAAACGAGGCGCUGAGACAAGAAAUUCAGGAGCUCAGGAGAAGACCCCAAAAUGAACCAUCUUUGCGGGAAUUGUAUUUUGUCAUUAAGGAGGAAACAGAGGCCAUGAGGCUCCAAAAUUACAGGAUACAAGAGGAAAUCCAGGAGCUCAAAGAAAAGCGUAGAAAUUUAACUGCUCUGGAUGAAACGUUUGACACACUGAAAGCAGAGAAAGAGGCGAUACGCCAGCAAAAUGACGACCUGAGCCAAGAGAUUCGGGAGAUAUCCAAAGAUCUCCGAUAUGAAAAGGCUCUGCAGGAAAUGAAUGAGCAAAUGGAAGUUUCCAAAGUGACCAUCAGCCAGGAGAACGCAGCACUGAAAGAACAACGCCAGAAGCUCUACAAAGACUAUGAAGAUCAAAAGAUUUUCGGUGUCAUGUGUAGGGAGAAGUUGCACAAGAUGGAAUUUAUGUGCAGAGAAAAUGAAGACCUCCAAAAAGACGUUGAGGACCUUACCAGUAGGAUCCAGAACAGAAAAGCCAUGAAAGACCAAUAUAAAGGCCUGAAAUCAGAAGAAAAAGUUGUCUCUGCAGAACAAAGUGAGCUUCUUAAAACACUUGCAACGCUCCACUCAAAGUUUCAAGGUAUGAAAGACUAUGAAGGCAAGUGUGGUUCGCUGAGAGAGGAGAUAGGAGCCUUAAGACAAC